UGUCCACUCCCUCAUUAUGGGCUGAGUCUUGCUGCUCAAACUGCUCAGCUGUGGCCCUUCAGCUCACAUGACAAGAUUGCACCUGGUUCAAAAUUCACAUCCCCAAGGGGCCACCCCAACCUAGUUGCAUUUACAUGGACAGGAAGCAGAGGCUCUGGUGAAGAGAGGCCUCAACACUUUCAGUUUUUCCACAAGAAAGAAAACAGAUUUAAGGGCUGGUUGAUUUUUCAGAAGCCCCACACUGAAGGACUUUGCUCGAGUCUUCCACUAGCAAUGGUGGCGUCUCUGUUCCAGCUCUAUGGAUUGUUUUGGGCCAUCCUGGGACUCUCGGUUGUAGCCAAAGGUAUGGACAGCACACAAAGAAACAGAACCUACCAGAAACCAGACCCUGUAACUUAUGUGAGACUGAAACGUGUCCGCUUUAUUGCUGCAAGGCGGGGUGCCGCUAUUUCCUUCAGCUGCUUCUCUGACCCACUGACAAACUGGUACAAAGAGACUGAGAAUGGCAAGCAGCAGGAGCUGAUGAACAAUUCCAGAAUCCAGAUGACCAGAAAUGACUCAGUGAUGAUAAUGCAGAUCAGAAAGCUCCAACAUGUUGACAAUGGCAUCUACUUCUGCGAGAGAAACAACUCAUACAGGAAUGGAAAAAUGCAGUCAAAGCGCUGUGGCACUGAACUCAGAGUCAUUGGUGUCAGCACUUUUGAGCAAGUGCAAAGUCGGCACACUCUGAAAGACGCUAUCAUUGUGAUUCAGACAAUUCUUCUUGUCUUGUUUCUGAGCAUGCCUCUGUUCUUAACUACAGGGAAGGGUGAGAGCAAGAAAGCAUCUGCUGAAGAUCACACUUAUGAGGGGCUGACAGUUGAACUAGCGGAUACAUAUGAAGACAUUACAAUCUACCAGGACACGGCACAGAAGUGGGAUUUGGGGGAGCAUCCAUGUGAAGAGUGAAAGAUUUUUCAGCAAGCAUCAGCUGGACAUCUAGAACAAAAUACAACACCUAUAUGCCCCAGAUUCCUUGGAUUAUUGAUCAUAGACACAAACGUCUGGGUAGUGGGAAGAGGUGGAACCAAAGUGUCGGCAGUGCUACUCAAAAAGGUGCUCCAUGAGCCAUCAACUAUGAGUCCCAGGGGAGUUUCCAGGAAAAAAUCAUCAAUUAUAACCAAUGGGCAUAAAUAUGGUACCAAUGCUUGGCGCACAGUGGGGGAUUGAUGGUGCCCACAUCAGCUAGAUUAAGAAGUACUUUCAUAGGGCAAACUCAUCUAGAAAAGAAGAAAACCCAAAGUGGUACCAAUGAGAGCAAAGAUGAAUUUGGAUUGAUGCACAGAUUGUUCUUUUACAUUUUUUAAAAGUUGAGUUCCUCUGCAAAAGGAUGAGUCAGAGAAGGAAAACCAUCCUCUUAAUUUUAACUAGUUUCUUCUCCGCAUUCUCAGUAAAAUAUAGAAGAUUUUAUUUGGUUAUUCAAAAGCUAGCAUUAAUAUUUUUUAAAAAAAGUUGCUUAAAAGAAUCAAUACAUAGGGCAUGAUCUGUUGAGAAGUAUAUUUCCCCCUUAGCUACACUUCUGAAUCUUCAUCUCAGGUAUCUAUGUUUCGAUUUCAUAUUAUUUGCUGCCUAAGAUAAUCACUCAGUACUCCAGCCGUCCAAAGUGGUACACCACAUUUAUAGAAAACAUACCCUAUUUAUGCCAAAACUUUGCCCCAAAAGUCUUUUAAUAAAGCUAAGAACUGUGGUACUUUACAGAGUUCGUUCUUCAAGGAGCUACAAGAUUCCUUUACGUACAGAGUUUGUUCUUGUUUUUCUGAGAGUUGCUGAACCACAUCCAUUUCUUUCCUGUUGUCUCAUAAAGCAAAGUUAAAUAUCUUCCUCCUGUAUGCAGCACGGAAAUGAGUGUUCAGGGUAGAAAAAGGAGCCACCUGUCCAAAGACGGAAUGGAGCAUAAUUUUCAUAACAGAGUUUCAGUUCUGCUUACCAUGCCAACCCCUGGGCUGAGUCUACUAAUUCCCCAGAACUUGAAAGAGUUACUUUUUUUAACAACAGGUUCCCCAAGAUCCGAGACAAGAUGGGCAGUAGUCACAUUUCCAGGCUUUGGUGCUUUCCUUGGACUUUAAGGAUGCAUCAACUCCAAAAACCUAGAUAGCUGCUGCAAUUCUUAGUGCUAUGACCCACAUUUUUAAAAAGAUAAAUGCCUAUCCCAUUUUUUCUUGUUCAGAAGAGCUGAAAUUAAGCCUGUCCAACCAGGUCCUGGAUUCUUUUCACCAUCUGAAUAGGGCUUUAGAAGCCAGCCUGACCUCCCUUCUCAGGCAGUUCCACAGUUGGGGUGCUGCUACACAGAAUGCAGGGACGUAGCCAAGGGGGGGUCCUUGGGGUCCAGACCCCCCUUCCAUUAGAAAAAAUGAAUGGUGCAUGCUGCUGCGCCGCCACACCCAAGCCCCAUU